AUGUCAGAUACAGUUGUUGAAAGUCAACCUAAUUCCAACCCGGAAAACGGACAGACACCUGUCAAUGGUACUGAAACCGAAAAAACCUCACCGAUCGAAGCGAUGGAUCAACACUUAAGCGAUUCAGCAAAGAUGACAAGUAACGGAGACAAUUCCAAAGAUGAUUCAGCAACAAAUAAACAAAAACCUGACGUUUCAACCUUACCGACACGCGCAUAUCUCGAUCAAACUGUGGUACCUAUUCUUCUCCAAGAUUUUAUUCAACAUAUUUCGAUAAUUAGAAAGACAAUGUCCGAAGUUUCAGGUGAAAAUGCACCAGCACCUGCGAAUGAAUCAGGUGAAAAGAAUGUUGUAAAUCCAACAUCCGAGCAAAUGGAAGCUCAAACAGUCGAUGAUCUAGGCGAACAACAAUCCAACACUGAAAAAACAACAGCAACAUCGGAUGCCAGUAAGGAAAACAACGCCAAUUCGCAACCAUCAGCGGAUAAAAGUAAACUCGAUUUAUCAACAUUACCAACACGUGCUUAUCUGGAUCAGACAGUCGUUCCUAUUCUUCUCCAAGCAAUGUCUCAACUUGCUAAAGAACGGCCAGCGAAGCCCAUUAGUUUUCUUGCUGAAUAUUUACUCAAUCACAAAGAAAAAUACAAUGAAUAA